AUUUUGCUUGGCAUCUCGGGCGGCGUUAGAAGUACUACUAUUGUUUAACCAUUAUAUACCCGUGUGUGUGCGUGUGUGGGCAACAGCUGUUUUGCCCCGAAAAAAUUCUCAGCAAAAUAAUAGAAAUAAAACAAAAGAGAAAUAAAAGUGCGCAAUUCCUGAAUGAAUCGAAUAAACUAUGAACUUCUGGGCACUCAGUGACGCAGUGUGAGAUAAAAACUAAUAACAGCACUAUAGAUGUGUGUAAAUGGUUUAAAUGUCGUCGGUGUUUGUAGGAAAUAAUCAUUAGACGGCCGCACAGUGGGCGUAAUCGCAGUUAUCGCCCUACAAUUGACGUGACAGUGCAAAUAAAAGCUCAGAAAGGGCAUCGCAUCAGCAUAAAUAAUUAAUUGCAAUUUCCGCCAGUCGAUUAUGCAGUAAUGUCCAUCGACGAGCAGUCGCGAUCUAAUUUUUAUCAUUAAGUGGAACCACACUUAAUCGCACGAACAACAAUACAAGAUAACCAGAAUUACAAAUUCAAUUAUUGCCAGUAAAAACGUGCACGGGAUAACAAAUUUUAACCGAUUUUAAUGUCGAGGUAAUUUAGAAAAGCAAAAAGCCAAAAGCCAACCGAACAAAGCUGCAAAAUGGCAAAGGUCACAAACUGGGACAAGUUUGUGCUGCUUCUGUGGAAGAACUGGACUCUCCAAUGGAACCACAAGUGGCAAAUGGUCAUUGAGCUGGUGCUGCCAGCGAUAUUCUCCCUGCUCCUGGUCCUGGUCCGCACCCUGGUCGAUACGGAGCAGAAGGGUGUCAGGAUGUAUCAAAACCAGACUCUUACGGAUCUCAGUUUGUUGGAACAUUCGUUGCAUAGAUCGUCCUACCUUGGCAAGCUCAUAGCGCUGAUUGCACCCAAUCGACGGAGGUCACAUUCCUACAACGUAAAGUACACCGUGUGCUACUCUCCCAAGAAUCCCGUGCUGGAAAAACUGGUGACGGAGGCGUGGGAGAGCCUCGGAAAGAGCGAUAUCUAUGGGUCGGAAAAUGCCAGCCAACUGGCAGUGCAUACGGUCAGUAUGAGUGCCAUUGCCGGUAUCCAGUUCGACGAUGCCUGGGCCAAUCUGAACAAUACGAGUGACCUGCCGGACGACUUUAGUUUCGCCCUGCGCUUCCCAUCGGAACUGCGAACGGCGAUCAUAGCGAUAGCGAACACCUGGCUAACGAUGCGUCUGUUUCCCACAAUCGAUCUCACGGGUCCGCGCAACGCAGCUGAUGAGGAUGGUGGCAUUCCGGUGGGAUAUUUACGUGAGGGCUUCCUGCCGCUGCAGCACAGCCUUUCGAUGGCGUACAUACGACUAAAGACGGGCGAACAGAAUCUGCCGGAUGUGGUGAUGCAACGCUAUCCGUAUCCCGCAUACAUCUUUGAUCCCCUGCUCGAGGGCAUGUCGUCGAUAAUGUCGCUAAUCAUACUGCUGAGCUUCAUCUAUCCGUGCACGUACAUCACCAAGUACAUCACCGCCGAGAAGGAGAAACAGCUCAAGGAGGUGAUGAAGAUCAUGGGGUUGAGCAAUUGGUUGCACUGGACGGCCUGGUUUGUCAAGUCCUUCAUCAUGCUGACCAUAUCGGCCAUACUGAUCGCCAUUCUGGUGAAAAUCAACUGGUCAGAGGGCGUGGCCGUACUCACGUAUGCCAACUUUAGUGCCCUAGUCUUCUUCCUGAUCAUAUACAUCAUGGCCAGCAUAUGUUUCUGCUUCAUGAUGGCCACGUUCUUUUCGCGGGCCAGCACUGCGGCCGCCGUUACGGGCCUCAUUUGGUUCAUCGCCUACAUCCCAUUCUCCUUCACGAUUAACACGUACGACAGCCUCAGUCUAACCGCCAAACUUGGCUGGAGUUUGAUCUCGAACACGGCCAUGGGCUUUGGCAUCAAGCUGAUCCUGGGCUUCGAGGGCACCGGCGAGGGUCUGCAGUGGAGUAACUUCUUCACGCCCGUCUCCGUGGAUGACACAUUGACCGUUGGCGACGUGAUGAUCAUGAUGCUGGUAUCCUGCGUCAUUUGCAUGCUCAUCUGUUUGUAUGUGGAGCAAGUGAUGCCGGGCAGUUUCGGCGUGCCGCGUCCCUGGAAUUUCCCAUUCACGCGAGAGUUCUGGUGCGGCGAACGGGAGUACACGGGCGUCGAGGACAUACCCAAUGGCCAGGUGCAGGAGCAGCGGGAUCCCAAAGCCUUCGAAACAGAACCGGAGGGCAAACACAUCGGCCUGCAGAUGAGACACCUGAAGAAGCGUUUCGCCGACAAGAUGGUUGUGAAGGGCCUGUCCAUGAACAUGUUCGAGGAUGAGAUCACCGUCCUGUUGGGUCACAAUGGUGCCGGCAAAACCACCACCAUAUCGAUGCUGACGGGCAUGUUUCCGCCAACGAGCGGCACGGCCAUUAUAAACGGCAGUGACAUCCGCACCAAUAUCGAGGGAGCCCGCAUGUCACUGGGCAUCUGUCCGCAGCACAAUGUCCUCUUCGACGAGAUGAGUGUAUCGAAUCACAUCCGUUUCUUUAGCCGCAUGAAGGGACUGAAAGGCAAGGCCGUCGAGCAGGAGGUGGCCAAGUAUCUGAAGAUGAUCGAGCUGGAGGACAAGGCGAAUGUGGCCUCAUCCAAAUUGUCGGGCGGUAUGAAACGCAAACUCUCCGUUUGCUGUGCCCUCUGCGGCGAUACGAAAGUGGUGCUGUGCGACGAGCCAAGUUCCGGCAUGGAUCCAUCGGCCAGGCGACAGCUGUGGGAUCUGCUGGAGCAGGAGAAGGUGGGACGCACCAUCCUGUUGACCACACACUUCAUGGACGAGGCCGAUGUGCUGGGCGAUCGAAUUGCCAUCAUGUGCGAUGGCGAACUCAAGUGCCAUGGCACCUCCUUUUUCCUCAAGAAACAGUAUGGAUCGGGUUACCGAUUGAUCUGUGUGAAACGCGACGAUUGCGAGACGAACGAGGUGACCGCCCUGCUGAACAAGUACAUUCCGGGCCUGAAGCCCGAGUGCGAUAUUGGCGCCGAGCUGUCAUACCAACUGCCGGAUAGCGCGUCGGCCAAGUUCGAGGAGAUGUUUGGCCAGCUGGAGGAGCAGUCCGAGGAGCUGCAUCUGAAUGGCUACGGCGUGGGCAUCACCUCGAUGGAGGAGGUGUUCAUGAAGGUGGGCGCCGAGAAGGACAUCAGCGGCAACAUGAAGGACCAGAGCGAGAUUAUGAACGGAGGCAGUGGUUUCCGUAACGAGGACGACAACGAGUCCGUACAGUCCGAAGGCAUCUUCUCGGAGAACCGACGCCUGCUCCAGGGAAUGCAGCUGCUGUCGAACCAAUGGAAGGCCAUGCUGCUCAAGAAGUUCCUCUAUACGUGGCGCAACAAGUUGCUACUGCUGAUUCAGAACAUUAUGCCGGUGUUCUUCGUGGUGGUCACCAUACUCAUCAUCGAGACGCAGGGCACUUUCCAGGAGCUAAAGCCCAUUACCAUUUCGUUGACCCAAUAUCCAAUGGCUGUGACCGUUCUCGAUCGCUCCAAUGUGCCCAACGAUACGCAAAUCGCCGAGAUAGCAACCAAAUACGAACAGCUGGCCCUGUCCUAUGGCAGUAAUUAUGGCUUGGAAGAUACGGGCACCCAAGGCUUUGAGGAUUACAUCUUGGAGCUGGGCAAGACAAUCCAGGUGCGGAUAAACGCGCGCUAUUUGGUGGCCGCUACUAUGGCUGAGGGCAAUAUCAUUGCCUGGUUAAAUAACCAGGCCUUGCACACGGCUCCCCUGACCGUCAACAUGGUGCACAAUGCCAUUGCCACUCAGUUGAAUCCGAAGAUCAAGAUCCAGGUGACCAAUGCCCCGCUGCCGUACACAACCAGCACAUUGCUCUCGCAACUGAGCAUGGGCACCAAUCUGGGCACCCAGCUGGCCUCCAAUCUGUGCUUCUGCAUGUGCUUCGUCAGCUCCAUAUAUAUCCUGUUUAUGAUCAAGGAGCGCGAGUCCAGGGCCAAAUUGCUACAGUUUGUGGGUGGCGUUAAAGUGUGGACCUUCUGGUUGACGCAAUACAUUUGCGAUUUCGCCAGCUACAUUGUGACGGCUCUGAUCGUGGUGAUCACGAUCGUUUGCUUCCAGGAGCCCGGACUGUCCAGCUUCUCGGAACUGGGCAGAUACUAUCUGCUGUUGCUGCUCUUUGGAUUCGCCGCACUGCCCUUCAUCUAUAUCAUGUCGCUGUUCUUCAAGGAACCGGCCACUGGCUUUGCACGCGUCUCGAUUAUCAACAUCUUUUGCGGCAUGGCGCUGUUCAUUGUGAUUGUGGUGAUGUCGUCGGAACUAUUUGACACGAAGGACACGGCGGACAUGUUGGGCUGGAUCUUCCGCAUCUUUCCGCACUUUUCGCUGGCCAUGAGUCUGAACAAGAUCUACACCAACACGGCCACGAGAAAUGCCUGCGCCAAGGUCGGUUCAAUCCCACCCAUCCUGCUCUGCGAGUUGGUGCCGCAAUGCUGCAACAUCAAGCCUUUCUUUGCUUGGGACGAGCCCGGCGUUCUGCCCGAGGUUGUCUACAUGACCGUCACCGGCGUUGUCUUCUUCCUCAUCAUCAUCGUGCUGGAGUUCAGAUUGAUCAACGAGCUGAUGUUCAAGAUCCGUCAAUUGCUGUCUAAACCGCCGCCACCACCGGCAGAGGGCCACCUGGAUGACGAUGUGGCUAACGAGCGGGAGCGCAUUCUUAACAUGUCCUCCGAUGAGCUGGCUGUUAAGAAUUUGGUCCUGGACCGCGUCACCAAGUACUACGGUCAAUUCCUGGCCGUUAAUCAGGUGUCGCUCUGCGUACAGGAAGUCGAAUGCUUUGGGCUGCUGGGCGUGAACGGAGCCGGCAAAACGACCACGUUUAAGAUGAUGACCGGCGACGAGCGGAUCAGCUCGGGUGCCGCUUACGUCCAAGGUCUGAGCCUGCAGGCGAACAUGAACAGCAUUUACAAGAUGAUCGGCUACUGUCCGCAGUUCGAUGCGCUAUUGGAUGAUCUGACGGGUCGCGAAGUGCUGCGCAUAUUCUGCAUGCUUCGCGGUGUCCAGGAGUCACGCAUUCGGCCAUUAUCCGAGGAUCUGGCCAAAUCGUUUGGCUUCAUGAAGCACAUCGAUAAGCAAACGCAUGCCUAUAGUGGGGGAAAUAAGCGAAAAUUGAGUACGGCCAUUGCUGUGAUCGGAAGUCCGUCCGUUAUUUAUCUAGAUGAGCCCACAACGGGCAUGGAUCCGGCGGCCAGAAGGCAGCUAUGGAACAUGGUCUGCCGCAUACGUGACUCUGGCAAGUCCAUUGUCCUCACAUCGCACAGCAUGGAGGAGUGCGAGGCGCUCUGCACACGACUGGCCAUUAUGGUGAACGGGGAGUUCAAGUGCAUUGGCUCCACGCAGCAUCUGAAGAACAAGUUCUCCAAGGGUCUGAUCCUCAAGAUCAAGGUGCGUCGCAAUCUGGAGGCAUUGCGGCAGGCACGUUUGGCUGUUGGCUUUGCGCGGAAUCCAGAUGAGCAGACGGUGCCCGCCCAAAUGGUCCAGCAGGACAUCGAUGCCGUCAAGGUGUUUGUGGAGCACGAAUAUCCGCACUCCAUUCUGCAGGAGGAGUAUCAGGGCAUUUUGACGUUCUACAUUCCAUUGGCUGGGGUGAAAUGGUCGCGCAUCUUCGGCCUGAUGGAAGGCAAUCGCGAUCAGUUGAAUAUCGAGGACUAUUCGGUCAGCCAGACGACGCUGGAGGAGAUCUUCCUGGAGUUCGCCAAGUACCAGCGCGAGGAUACGCGCGCGAAUCAGUGAGCUAGCCCCUCAAAAAAGACCCAACACCCAGUUGCUAACACCACCUGGCUUUUAACGGGCUUCUUUGCUUCUUGGCCACAUCUUCUACUUGUCGCAUAGCAUCGCAUUGCCAGCACAACUACCACAAACAAAAAAAAAGAGCACUGCAGCAGCAUCACAGCCACAGUCACAAAAUCUUACACUCAUCUAAUACGACAGCACUUGGAACACAGUCCAUCCGGUCAUUUUAUGAAUUUUAUUUAACGAAUUUUUUGUUUGUAGUUUUAGCUAACACACUAACCCUAGUACUCCACCGUUCCCCUUCGAUCGAUACAACUGCUAACUUAGCUGCAUGCGUAUAUAUAUCCCCUGGCGUAUUACCAAUAUCCACUAACCCGAACUCUGAACACCGAGCUAACGUUAACCAUGUUAUGUCUGUUCUUUCUACCCCCUUCUCAAAUGUUUCCACUUCACAUAUCCAGCCGACUCUCCGAAUUGAGGAAGCUGUGCAAGUGCCUGCUAACUAAUGAGUAUUGAACCAACUACCUGAGCGGAUCCGAUCCUAUGCGAUCCCAUCCGAUCUGAUUCGAUCCUGACCUGAUCUUACACACUCACAGAUAAUAAUUUUGUAUGCAAAGAACAACGCCGAUGCCUGAACAGCUAACAAAUAGUUUCUAAGGUCUACCUGACAAUAGAUAGCAGCGAUUACGCCUUUCUUCAUUGUGAUCAUCUAGCAAAAUUUACACUUUAACGAAAAGAGAUCUAUAUAUUGUAUGUUCGCUAUAUAUAUACAUAUAUAUAUAUAUAUAUAUAUAUAUAUAUAUAUAGUUAUAUCUGCUUGACAUGCACGAUAAGUUCCCAUAAUCUUUUAGUUUUGUUUUAUCCUCCCGCCCCCAAAUAAUAAAAAUUAAAAAGUAUUGGCUGGACUUGGCCGGAAAUUAUUCCCAGCGCCUAACAUAAACUAGUUGCAUAUAGAGUACUAUGUGUAUUAAUUUCGAUGUACUUAGACCGGCUAACCAAAGCGUUUAAAUAAGUCAAUUUAACUGUGGCACAAACUCUACGAUACAUAUGAGAAUUUACAAAUUAUGUUAAAUGUAUAAUAUACGAUUGAAUUAAAUAUUUUAUCUAAAUGUA